AUGCUUCCACUUUGUGUCCCAGAAGAACCCAAGGUACUCUGGAAACUAUUCAUUGAUGGUACCAAAUCCAUUCGAGACGUUCUUCCCCGACCAACAAUCCAAAUCCUGGGUACCUCUGGUUAUGUCUAUGUUUCCAUCAAGGAAAUCGUCCAGUACCAUUUGGCAAACCGGAAACGGCUGGAAGCACUCGUGGACCUUCCCUACAGUGCUGCUGUUCGGACCCUCCAUGGAUCUUCACCACGCGGAAAGAAACUCGCAGCGUCAUGUUCCGAGGAUUCCAAAGAUGCUAUUCCCGUUGAAGUCGUCUUGUGGUCGGAUGACUUCGAUCCCAACAAUACACCAAAAAACAAGGGAUCAGCCCAUUGUUUCUUCGCUUCCAUUGGCACACCACAAGACGACUACCAUUCUGGAUGCAACACUUAUCUUCUUUCUCUGGGACCAAGCAGCGGAGACGAACGCACCGUCAAAUCAAAGAUAGCAGAAGAACUCAUAGCACUUUCGCAUCCCACAAGUUUCUACUGGCCUGUUGACGGCUUGAAAGGGAAAGAAGUGAAGAUAUCACUUCGACUCUUCUGUACCCUACAAGAUCGACCAGAACGAUCGUCUUGGGUAUGUUUCACCUAUGGGAACGGCCGGUAUGGUGGCAGGUUCGGAUGGGCCGCCGAUCUCUCGCAGGCCAUUGCUUUUAAGAAUCUUCCAUCUUGUGCCGAGUGCCACAAUUUGAGGAUGACGAAUGGCCAACAAAGAAGACAGCCACAAUGCAACUGUGCCGAUUGGAACAUGAUGUUCAUCAUUUUCAAGAUUCCAAAGAACUACCCCUCGUUCUUUCGGAGCGACGAGAACCCUCUUGCGCCAGCAGAUGAGCGACAAUCAAUUGGUGGGUCGAAAAAAGAAUAUAUUGUGAGUCGGAGGUUGACUUUCUCUUCCUUGAAAAGAGCCUGCGACUCGACAUUCCAAUGCAUCAGGUCGAAAAUAUGGUCCAAGAAUAAUGGAGCAGCAUAUCUUGAAACAUUUUCUCUUUCUCCGGCAUACAUCAAAGAGGUUACCGAAGCUGCAUCCGAAGCCAUCAGCAAUCAAACAAUUGAACAACCUCCAAUUCCUCUAACGUGGAAUAUCCCAUCCGAUGAUAUCGGAAACCAUAUUGAUGUGCCGAUGCACCUUUGCUUCCUUGGCAUUCAGAAGUCCGUGACCAGAGACCUCUUAGCCUCAUGGCUCAAGGGGAAGAAAAAAGGCACAGCCUUCAAUACCCUUUCCAGUCCAUUCUUGUCGCGUGUUGCCAAUCUCAAAUUAUAUUGGUGCCAUGCCGAGGUUUCCCAUGGAUCAUUCGUAUCCGAAAACUGGCUUGCGUAUGCCAGAAUAUCCAAGCGUAUGCCAGAAUAUCCAAGUGGAUCCACCAGUUGUAUCAAGAAAGAUUCUCCACGUAACCUCGUUGCGCCAAUCGUAGAAGACCUUUUGUCGGAAGCGAAUCUUCCCCAGGUGAAAGACGUUCUGAUUGGCUGGCAUGCAUGCAUUAGCCGAAUCAUGUCAAUCACAGAGAACCCAACCGACACCGUAAUCGACGAUCUCGAAAGGCACGUCAAGAUCUUCCUGUCCUGCAUUCAAUUUUUUGACGCAUCAAGACAGCAGAAAUCGGGAGAGAACGGAAAGGAUCGGAUCCCAAAGUGGAGAACAACCUUCAACUACCUAGGUUUACUGAACUAUCCGGAUCUUGCGAGAGAACACGGUCCGGUUCGGCCUCUUUCGGAACUAGAUUUCAAGGGUGAGGCUUCGAUUCAGCUCCUGAAGAAGAGAUUUUCCUCGGGAACCCGUUGA